AUGGAACAAUCCCUUACGAAUAUCGAUCAAGUCCGUGCCGAAAUUUACAGCGUUUUCGAUAAUGAAGUUCGAAUGCGAGCAAUAAUUACGGCGGCUGAAUACACCGAGAAAGCUUUCUCAGACAUUUAUGCAGAAUUGAUGAAUCAUACGUCUGCUAGUAUAGUAUCUGAUGCUAAAGCCUCACCUGUGUCAAGAUAUGACACCUUCACCUAUAUCGAUUUGACAUAUUGGGAGCUUGUAUAUUACUGCACUAGCGAUCACAUUCACCUACUUGACUUUGAUGAACUAUCACAUACUAGGAAACAUUUCUCCCGAGCUUUCUGUCUGUUUGCAAUAUCAUAUGAAAUUCAUCAUUAUGAGAUGGUUAUCAACUGUGCAAGAGCGGCUUUUUUAAGAACAUACAGCUGUCGCAUAAUGCAUUUCUUGGGAAUUUUCUGUCUGUUCGCAGAAUCAUAG